UCCAUCUCUGAAGGUCGGCAUUGUGAGGUCCAUCAGAUGAUUGGAAACUACAUGUGGGACCAAAAGACAAAUCUAUCUUUUGAUAUUGGUGUGAAUAAAGAAAGCCUGCUGCCUCUAUGGUGGGAUGGAUCCGAGCCUUUGUGGGUCACUAUGAUGAAACAGAAGAAGAACGUUUUCAUGUACUACUGGCCAGGUUGUGAGGUCGAAAUCCUUGGAGUCAGGCCAAGUUAUUGCCGCGAGUACUUCAGUGUCCCAACAGACAAAAACUUUGCGGAUGCCAUCAGGGAUGCUCUCGAGGCUUUGCGCAACGGCAGCGCCGACAUGGGCGCCGUGUACUACGAGCGCGUCGACGUGGAAGGCCACCACUACGGCCCUUCGUCCCAGCAGCGCAAGAGCGCCGUGAGGGAGGUGGACAAAGCCUUGAGCAACAUGAUCGCGCAGAUCAAGAGCAUGGGCCUUCAGCACGAUGUCAACGUCCUCCUCUUCUCCGAUCACGGGAUGACAGACAUCUCUUGGGCGGACAAAGUGAUUGAGCUGAAAAACUAUAUCAAUAUGAGUGACACCAUACAGAUGAAGGACCGGGGUCCCGUUGUGAGCCUCUGGCCAGCUCCAGGGAAGCAUGCAGAGAUACAUCAGAAAUUGAAAGCGGUGGAACACAUGCAGGUUUACAACGUACAGGAUAUUCCAGACAGGUUUUUCUACAAAAAAGGAAAAUUUGUGUCCCCUCUAACUCUCGUGGCCGAUCAAGGAUGGUUCAUAGUAGAGAGCAGGGACAAGCUGCCCUUCUGGGAGAACGGGACAGGGAAGAAGGAGGCCUGGCAGAACGGCUGGCACGGCUACGACAACGAGCUCAUGGACAUGAGAGCCUUCUUCCUCGCGUAUGGGCCAGAUUUCCGAUCCAACUUCCGAGCGCCUCCCAUACGAUCCGUGGAUGUUUACAACAUCAUGUGCAGCCUGGCCGGAAUACAGCCGCUGCCCAACAAUGGCUCCUGGUCCAGGGUGGAAUGCAUGCUCCGAAACACGGCCCCCUUGGCAGCACUCCCCCCGCGCAGCAGCUGUGCCCUCGUGCUCGCUCUGCUCUCCCUCUUCUCCCAGAUCUCCCUACUGUGA